AUGGGCUUCCUCACCCGGCAUGCUGCAGAUGCCGGUUCAGAGGCGGGAGCAUCGUCAACUGUGCACCCUGACGCUGUCAUCCCAGUCGAGCAGAAUGCGCCCUUCCUUCAGUUGCCCCCUGAGAUAAUCUAUCAGAUCCUCUGCUGUCUUCCCUGCCAGUCCCUGGUCUCCCUCUCUCGAACCUGUCGACAGCUGCGCGGGCUAGCCCAGGAAGAUCUAUUAUGGGCGAACCUGCUUCGACCGAACAUACCUUCUCAAGACUUUCCACCCGACCCCUAUCCAGCCUCGUCAUAUCGCGAUCUCUAUAUAUCUCACCAUCCGUACUGGUUUCUACCACGCCACAAGAUAUGGAUAUCGGACGAGUCCUAUAUCGGACGGGUGAUGAUAUGCAAAUUCGAUCCAAGGCGAGGGUGCAUAGAAGGAUAUCGGUUGCUGGCAGAGAGGACUCCGUCCUCCGGGAUAUUAUGGCCAUACAAGCCGAGUGUGGUCAUCCACUCCUUUCAACCUAGGGUACACUUGUGGCUCGAUGAUCCCAUCCUAAAAUUGCCGCAUGACAUCGUUCCCUUUAACGCACGGCAAGGAUGGUGGGAGGCAGAAAUCAAGAUGAGUGUCGGGAGACCUGGCCACAACACAUCUGCCUCCUUUUUCCUGGCUCGCAACAUACCGGAGCAUCUGCAAAACAAGAGCAUGAUCCUCUGGCCGCCGUGGACCAUUCCCGGAAUGCCUCGAGUACGUGCCGCUAGCAUCGACAAUUUCAGAGGCGUCGGUCAUAAGCCACAGACGUACGACGAAAUCUCGCAGACCACGUUCCGUCUUAGACAGUGGUCUCAAUUCAGUACUGGCAUGGCGCACUUUGGCAUUCGCGUCGGCGAAGAGGUGAGUACAUGGAGCACAAUUGAUCCGAGUCUUUAUACUCCGACACCAGAAAAGCCGUACCAAGGCAUUUACGUGGGGGACUACGCCGGCCACGGGUGCGAGUUUCUUUUGGUCAUGCAGACAGACAAAGCACCUAGCGCCCCGGUUAGACCAGUCUCGACGUAUCUUCGAGCCAUGAUCGGUCUUAGGAAUGACGAGGAAUCUAGUGAAGAAGAGCUAGAGCAAGCCACUCAUGCCGCCAGUUCACAGCCGACGGUGCAAGAUGAUGAUGGAGUGUACCACGGAGCCAUCGAGGCCGUGAAAUUGACCGGUGAUCCAAACAUCCCUCGCGGUGAACACACAUUCAUCGCCGACGACAUCGGGCCCAACGGGUUCAUAAGAAUUGCCGAGGAGCAUCCUUUCUGUGGGGCGCGUGUAGUCAAGAGUCGCGGUCAUGUUGCCGCGCGCGGAUUUCAAAAUGACGAAUUCAUACCAUCCCAGCUGAUCAUGAUCAGCCAUGAUAAAUUGGCCCAGUACUGGGUACCGUUCGGACAUAUUUCGUUCUAUGAAAGGAUUGACAUUGACACAUUGAUGGACGAGACAUUCAGGCCGCACAGUAGCGGAGUGUGA